UAAAAGGGCCUUCACCAUCCGACUAUAUCUCUCAUUCAUUUCGCUUCACAUUUGGAUAAAAAUCUCUACUUACAGUUCUCGUUUUAUAUUAGAGCCAAGUGGUUAAGGAAGAAACAGCAGAGAAGAAGAUGAAGUAUGUGGUGGUUUCAGGUGGAGUAGUGAGUGGACUCGGAAAAGGAGUCACGGCAAGUAGCAUCGGACUCAUCCUCAAAUCAUGUGGAUUCCGAGUCACCGCCAUUAAAAUCGAUCCUUACUUAAACAUAGAUGCUGGGACCAUGUCACCUAUUGAGCAUGGUGAAGUUUAUGUCUUGGACGAUGGUGGCGAGGUUGAUCUUGAUCUUGGGAACUAUGAGAGGUUUAUGGACAUUAAGCUUACCAGUGAAAACAACAUAACUACCGGAAAGGUUUAUAAGCAUGUGCUUGAGAAAGAGAGGAAAGGAGAUUAUCUUGGGAAAACUGUUCAGGUUGUUCCUCAUAUCACUGAUGCAAUUCAAGAAUGGAUUGAGCGUGCGGCUAGGAUUCCAGUUGAUGGUCAGUCAACUCCAGCUGAUGUUUGUGUCAUAGAACUUGGAGGAACCAUAGGAGAUAUAGAGUCCAUGCCUUUUAUUAAUGCUCUUGGACAGUUCUCCUAUCGUGUAGGCUCUGAGAAUUUUUGCUUGAUCCAUGUCAGUCUUGUGCCUGUAUUGAAUGUUGUUGGUGAACAGAAGACUAAACCAACGCAACAUAGCGUUCGAGACUUAAGAGGCCUUGGCUUGAGCCCCAACAUCUUGGCUUGCAGAAGCGCAAAGCCACUUGAAGAUAAUGUGAAGGCCAAGCUCUCUCAGUUUUGCCAAGUUCCGAUGGAAAACGUUGUCACUCUCUAUGAUUGCCCCAACAUUUGGCACAUUCCAUUGCUUCUCAAAGAACAAAAGGCACACGAGGCGAUUUUGCGUGUCCUGAACCUUACCGGAGUUGCCAAGGAGCCUGCACUAGAGGAGUGGUCUUUAAUGGCUAAAAUGAGCGACAAGUUGCAUGUUCCUGUUAAAAUUGCUGUGGUGGGGAAGUACACUGAGCUCUUAGAUUCCUACCUUUCUGUCCACAAGGCGCUCUUGCAUGCUUCUGUGGCUAGGCGCAAGAAGCUUGUCAUAGACUGGAUCUCAGCUAGUGAACUUGAACAAGAGGCGAAAAAGGAGAAUCCAGAUGCAUACAAGGCUGCCUGGAAGUUACUUAAGGGUGCUGAUGGUAUUCUUGUUCCGGGAGGUUUUGGGAAUAGAGGUGUACAAGGAAAGAUGCUAGCAGCUAAAUACGCCAGAGAGAACAAAGUUCCAUACCUUGGCAUCUGUCUAGGUAUGCAACUCGCUGUGAUCGAGUAUGCAAGAACCGUACUCGGUUUGCAAGAUGCAAACAGCACUGAACUCGAUCGCAAUACCAAGAACCCUUGUGUUGUUUUCAUGCCAGAGGGCUCGAAAACGCAUAUGGGAGGUACUAUGAGGUUAGGCUCAAGAAGAACUUACUUCCAAGCUAAAGACUCCAAAUCAGCAAAACUUUGUUUCAGAUAUGGGAACAGGAGUUUUGUUGAUGAAAGACACCGACACAGAUAUGAGGUGAAUCCUGCAAUGGUUCCACGUUUAGAGAGCGCUGGACUCACAUUCCCUGGAAAAGACGAGUCUGGUCAGCGGAUGGAGAUCGUUGAGUUGCCAAACCAUCCGUUUUACGUUGGAGCUCAGUUCCAUCCCGAGUACAAGUCAAGACCUGGAAAGCCGUCUCCUCUGAGAAGCCAUCACAUACGGUUUCUUGCUUUACACGUAUGCUUAAAAGUUAAAAACCUAUUUUCUUGGUGCAGGACUAAUUGGAGCGGCUUGUGGAGAGCUAGACAACGUACUGCAACAAAGCUGCCAAGAAACAACUGUCUCGCGUCCUCAGUCCAAUGGGAAACUCGAGAGAGUUUACUUGAAAGGCGCAGCGAAGAAGCCAGUCAGUGUUGUAUACAGUUUAUGCUCAUGAACGUGUCAUGCAUUAAGGAUGACUUCUCUCUUAAAAACAGCUGUUCUAUCCUUGGAUUUCUUUUUAACAUGGAUUUCUUCACCUGUGGAGGGAGAGAGACAAAGGGUGUACAGUUUGAAGAUUUGGCUUUUUUUUAUGAGACGGGGUUUGUUAAGACUAAGAAGAAGAACAUUAAACACAAGCAAGUAUUAUUAUACCUUUGUCUUUUGUAAUGGGUAUUUAUUUAAAGAGUGUCAUGGGUUUGACUCUCCCUCUGCUGCUGUGUUUCUUGGUUUCUUAUGUCGUAGUAGUUAGUAUCAUCUUUCAUUAGCUUUCCUUUUGUUUGUUUGUUUGUUUGUUAUGGUUUAAACAUUUCCAGAGAA